AAAUACACAAUAUAAAUUAGGAGCAUUUUUAGAAUUAAAGUUUAGGUGAGUAUUUAUAAUAGCGUUUUUUAGUAAAGGAGGACUAUGCAAUAUAGAGGAGAUUUGAGAAAUAAUAGCGAUUUACUUUCCUAUUUUAGUCAAUCACUUUUGUUUAGCAAUCCUUAGAGGAACCCAUUAAAUGUUCAGUAGCAGUAAAAUUACCAAGAUGAGUCAGCCAAAGGCUAAUAAUAAGCAUCGCCAAUUUUAAAUUUAGAGGUAGCAAAUCUUUGCAUAGGGAGAAGGGAUUACCCUUUUACAACAGGUCAAGAGUAUGAGUAGCCACAUAAAAACAACUAAGAACAUUUAUUAAGAAAAAAACUACUUUCUUUGAAAUUGCCUGACUAUACAAAAGUGCAAAUAAAAGACUAGUAAAUAGUGUUCUCCUCCGAUAUAUAUAAAAUCAGAAUUGGAUUAAAAUUUUAUGAUAAUGGCAAGAUUAUUUUAAUGACAUUAAUUUAAAAUGGGAUUUAGCUUAAGAAGAGGGGAUAUUUAGCCCAAAUUUAGUUCAAUUAUUAAUAGCUUAUUAGUGAUGUGACACAUAUUUGCCUUACUGAAAUAGAGCCACUUAUUUACAGUAAUUAUAAAAGCAAUUUUGAAAAUUAUUACCUAUGCUAUUUAGAUUACCUAAUCAGGGCUUAGUUUUCUGCAUAAAUACUUUAACAAUUAGAAGAAAAGUUUAAGCAAUAAAUACUUUUAGGCAAAAAAGGAAUUUUAGAUGUAUUCUUAGGUUAGCUUGAAGAAAAUAAUUAGUUAAUUAGAAGAUUAAGUAUAAAGGUAUAAUGCUUAAUGGAAUUUCAAUAGAAUUUAGUAAAACUUAGAAAUUAAAGCAAUUAAUAAUAUAUCACUAUCCAUUAUGAGUACGUUAUUUACAACACUCAGCACUACAGUUAAUUUAUUGAAAGAAUUGAAAGAGAUCAUAAAAGUAAUAGCUAUCAGGCAUUACAAGAAAAAUUAAAUAGAUUAUAGAAGGAAUUUUUCAAUAAAAAUUUUGUUUAUGGAAAUGAAAGGAAAAUAUCUUUUUCGAGCUAUUAAUUUAUAAGGAGAAAAGAAUAGAUACAAGAUAUAGAAAGAGAUUAUAAAAGACUACUUGAUUACGAGUAAAUUAUGAGUUCAUUUAAUCCUCUCCAUCUAACUGAGUAGCAACAGCAUCUUUAAAAAACUAUAGAACUUUCAUAAAAUGCUAAACUAAAAUACCCAUUACAUUUUUUCAGGUCUCCUGUAGACAUCAUUGAUGUAUGGAGCGAUUUGAAUUUUACAGAGUUUGAAAGCAUUAAAAAUGGCUACACAUCUUUUAAUGCGCCUUAAUCAAAUAACAUACAGUCUGAAGAUUUGUUAGUUAAGCAAUAAUAUUUAAAGGCUAAAUUCACUCCCUUUUUAAAACUGGAAAACUAUGAUCCAUAAAAAAUAAACGAAAAUGCAAUAUUUUCAGUUACAAAUGGAGAAAAUUAAAAUUAAAGCUCCUCUUUGAGUUUAGAAGAAUAAAGCUAUUAAUAUGUGGCAGAGAGUUCCUUAGAGUAAGAAAUCGAUGCUAAAAAAGCAAUACAAUAAAAAUAUCAUUUAUACAGUUUAUCUUCUCAUGUAGUCUUUAAUCCAAAAUCUUGCCUUAAAAAAAUGUAGGAAUAUUAAGCUACUUAAUUCAUGUAUUUAUUUUUUGCAAACAACAAAGACAACGAUUAUCCUACAUACAAAACUUUAGACACUGAAUGGGGAUCUCCAGAAAAUUUCUCCCCUUUACCUUAAUAUAAAAGAUAGCUAUUAUUUUUUACAAAAUUGUAGCAUGACUUUUCUUAAAACUAGAUAUCAAAGACUUCUCAAAAUCAUCAUCAUAUACCUUAUUAAAAUAUACAAAACUUAAAAGAAGAAUAAUCAAAAACCAUCUUAAAAACAUUUUUGCUUGAAAUAAAUCAACUUUUGAACAAAAAAAAAUGUAGAGUACCUUUUAUUAUUUGCCUUAGAUCUUUGGAAAACGAUUACAUUGAGAGAGUAAUAAUAUCAUUAAUAAAGGCAAAACCUGUUGAAUACUUGCUUUUAGUUCCUAUCAUAAAAAGUGGCAAAAUUCAAUUUCAUAUUUACAUAACUCACCAUAAAAUUCAGCAUUAACUUUCCAUGGAAGAUAAUGCAUAUUUGCUAUAAAUUCUCUAAGAUUUCAAUUAUCACUCCAAGUAGUAGCUUCUAAAUCUCCUCCAUUCUAUCAUGAUUAGCAGUGUUAUACAAAAUUCCUUGCUAAAAACAUCAUUUAAAUUUAUGUCUUUUUAAAGAAAUUUAGUUUAAAAUUAAAAUAAAUCUUAUGAAUUUAGCUUGUGCAUCUCAUCUUUAAUUAAAAUGAUCAAGCAGCAGAAAGAAUUUUAAAUUGAAAUUAAAGUAGAUCCUGAAAUACCUUUCGACAUUUAAUUCAAUAACAUAAUAGUAAAAGAUUCUCUCGAACCACCAACAGAAAGCCAUAUUAUACAAUAUUUUAAAGUUCUUAAAGAAAACUAAUUCGAAACAUGGGUUCUAUAACUGAUAGAACUCUUCCUCUAAGAUACUCUAGAAAGUAUCCAUGAAAGAACAUAAAUGAUGUAUACAGAUGAUACUUAAUAUUAUAGACAUGAAAUUUAAAAGCUUAUUAACAUUGAUGAAUCUGAUUUGAAAAAAAUUCCAGAACUGGAUAAUGUGGUGAAAGAUAAGUAUUUUCCACAAAUGUAGAUACCCUUACCAUAACAUUUUAAUUUAUAGCAUCAGCAAAAUUAAAAGCUUAGUGGUACUGUUAGAAAUUUUUAAAGAGCUUAUGCUUAAAAUUAAAUUCCAUAUGCAAGGUCUCCUAACCAAUCUAAUCAGCGCAAUCAAUCAGGUAAUCCAUAUGAAAAUUUAACAUUACAGUAACAACAGUCAUAACCUCGUCCAUAUCUGCCAUAAUAAAUGGUAAAUAAUGCUGGAAUGAACCCCAUACCUUAAAUAAAUCCCUCCUAAAAUCGCCCAAUAUAAAAAAAUUAGCUUUACCAAUAAUAACAACACUUAUAACCUAAUCACACUUUAAACCCUCCAGUAAACCAACAAAUCCCUAGGUAAAACUCAUAGCAACCUUUGCAUCCUCAAAACCAAACUUUAGUACCCCCAGUAUAAAAUCAUAGAAUUAGAUAAAGUUCUUAGUCUGGCUCUAUGAAUCAAAUUCCUUCAUAAUAAAAUUCUAAUCCAAAUUUAAUAGUCCCUCCUCGCUCAGCCCAUUAAUAAGCUCCUUAACCAGGAGCAAUAGUUUAACCACAUGUCCCUUAAAUGCACUAGCAAGUCCCUAUUCUUCCUCCUCACCUAUAAAAAUAAGACUAACAAAUAUAAAAUCAUAAUAAUAAUUUAAAUCUACCUCACUAAUAAGUUUAAUAACCUUCUUUAAUCACAUAAAAUAGUAAUUCAAAUCACCCUAAUAUAUAGCCACACAUACAAAACCCAUAAUAUAAUUAAUAUAUGAGUGGCGGAAUACAAUAGUAAUAAUAAAUGCCAAUGCCUCCAAGUGGGGGAAUACAUACACAUUAAAUUCAAAAUAUUCCUCAUUAAUAACCACCUAUAUCAGGAGGAGGAAUCUAGCCAUAAAUAAACAAUCCUUAAUAAAAUAUAUAGCCCUCACCUUCAUUUGAUCCUAACAUAGGACCUAAUGCCUAUUAAUAACAUCAGCCUUCAGGUAUGAUAGGCAGAUCUAAUCAUCCCAUAGCACCAUAAAACUAUUGA